AUGCUUCACACGGCCUUAUCAUGUUGGCAGCCAUUCCUGGGUCUGGCUGUGGUCUUAAUCUUCAUGGGAUCCACCAUUGGCUGCCCUGCUCGCUGCGAGUGCUCGGCCCAGAACAAAUCUGUUAGCUGCCACAGGAGGAGGUUGCUCACCAUCCCAGAGGGCAUUCCCAUCGAGACCAAAAUCUUGGACCUCAGCAAGAACAGGCUGAAAAGCAUCAACCCCGAAGAGUUCAUCUCUUACCCUCUGCUGGAGGAGAUAGACUUGAGUGACAACAUCAUUGCCAAUGUGGAGCCAGGAGCCUUUAACAAUCUCUUCAACCUGCGUUCCCUCCGCCUGAAGGGCAAUCGCCUGAAGUUGGUCCCUUUGGGGGUCUUCACAGGCCUCUCCAACCUCACCAAGCUUGACAUUAGUGAGAAUAAAAUUGUCAUUUUACUGGACUACAUGUUCCAGGAUUUGCAUAACCUGAAGUCUCUAGAAGUGGGGGACAACGAUUUGGUUUAUAUAUCACACCGGGCUUUCAGUGGACUGCUUAGCUUGGAGCAGCUCACACUGGAGAAAUGUAACCUCACUGCAGUACCCACAGAAGCCCUCUCACACCUCCGCAGCCUCAUCAGCCUGCACCUGAAGCAUCUCAAUAUCAACAACAUGCCCGUGUAUGCCUUUAAAAGACUGUUCCACCUGAAACAUCUAGAGAUUGACUAUUGGCCUUUACUGGAUAUGAUGCCUGCCAACAGCCUCUAUGGUCUCAACCUCACCUCCCUCUCCAUCACCAACACCAACCUAUCCACCGUCCCCUUCCUUGCCUUUAAACACCUGGUCUACCUGACCCAUCUGAACCUCUCCUACAAUCCCAUCAGCACUAUUGAGGCAGGCAUGUUCUCUGACCUGAUCCGCCUCCAAGAGCUUCAUAUAGUGGGGGCCCAGCUCCGCACCAUUGAGCCUCACUCCUUCCAAGGGCUCCGCUUCCUUCGUGUGCUCAACGUGUCUCAGAACCUUCUGGAAACUCUGGAAGAGAACGUCUUCUCCUCCCCGAGGGCUUUGGAGGUCCUGAGCAUUAACAACAAUCCUCUGGCCUGUGACUGCCGUCUCCUAUGGCUCCUUCAGCGGCACCCAACCCUGCAGUUCGGUGGCCAGCAGCCCAUGUGCGCUGGUCCAGACACUAUCCGCGAGAGGUCAUUCAAAGAUUUCCACAGCACUGCCCUUUCUUUUUACUUCACCUGCAAAAAACCCAAAAUCCGUGACAAGAAGUUGCAGCAUCUGCUUGUGGAUGAGGGCCAGACGGUACAGCUGGAAUGCAAUGCCGACGGAGACCCUCAGCCUGUGAUCUCCUGGGUGACACCUCGAAGGCGGUUCAUCACCACCAAGUCCAAUGGAAGAGCCACCGUGCUGGGUGAUGGCACGUUGGAGAUCCGCUUCGCCCAGGAUCAAGACAGCGGGAUGUAUGUCUGCAUCGCUAGCAAUGCUGCCGGGAAUGACACCUUCACGGCCUCCUUAACUGUCAAAGGAUUCGCUUCAGACCGCUUUCUUUAUGCCAACAGGACCCCUAUGUACAUGACCGACUCCAAUGACACCAUUUCCAAUGGCACCAAUGCCAAUACUUUCUCCUUGGACCUUAAGACAAUACUGGUGUCGACAGCCAUGGGCUGCUUCACCUUCCUGGGAGUCGUGUUAUUUUGCUUUCUCCUCCUUUUUGUGUGGAGCCGAGGGAAAGGCAAACACAAAAACAGCAUUGACCUUGAGUACGUGCCCCGAAAAAACAAUGGUGCUGUCGUGGAAGGGGAGGUGGCUGGACCCAGGAGAUUCAACAUGAAAAUGAUUUGA